AUGCGAUGCCAUUACGAGGUGCUAGGCGUCACACGUGACGCUUCGGCUUUGGAAAUUAAAAAGUCAUUUCGAUUGCAGGCACUACGAUGGCAUCCAGACAAACACCAUCAAAAUGGGGUCUCAAAUGAGGAAGCAACCGAGAUGUUUCAGACCAUUCAGAACGCCUACGAAGUGCUCAGCGAUCCACACGAGAAGAAAUGGUAUGACGAGCACCGAGAGCAGAUUCUGCGUAGCGAAGACGAAAAUAAUGACGAGAAUGAAGAUGAAUGUAAUCUGUUUCGGUACUUCAGCGCGUCGGUUUAUUCGGGCUUUGGUACGGAUGAAAAGAGCUUCUAUUGCGUGUAUGGCGAACUCUUUACCAAGAUUGAUAGAUUGGAUAAGGAUGCUGGUGAUGGCUCACGAUCUGAAGCUGCACCGGAGCUUGGAGAUGCUAACACGUCGACAGAAGAUGUCAAUUUCUUUUACCAGCACUGGAAAAGCUACACAACGCAGCGCAGUUUUGCAUGGAUGGACGAGUACAAAACAACUGAUGCGCCAACGAGAUUGGUGCGACGAGUAAUGGAAAAGGAGAAUAGGAAGUUACGGGAUGCAGCUAAAAAGUCGUUUACUACCGAAGUGCGCGAGCUCGUGGAUUUUGUAUGUCGUCGGGAUCCGCGUGUGCGAGCAUUCCAGAAGCAAAAGCAGCAAGAAAAGGAGCAACAACGCAUUGAGGAAGAGGUGAAGAAACGCGAGAAGCAGGCGGCGUAUGAUGCUGAGAGACGAGCAUUCCAGGAGCAACAGGAGAAGCUCUGGGCUGAUAACAGCAUGGAGACUAGCCGUGUUGCUGACAGAGACAUCGAGCAGGAGCUCGAAAAGCUCCGGAAAAAAUUGGAUGCCGAUGUGCUUGUAUGUGACUUGUGCAGUAAGACUUUCAAGUCUAUAAAGCAGUUGCGAAAUCACAUCACGUCGAAGAAACACCGUGAGAGAGAGAAGGAGCUCGGUGUUUUCAGUGAUCUCAGUAUUUUGGACGAUGAAAUGGAUAGAGAGCUACAGGAGGAGCUUGUUGCUCUCGGUAAGGUUAAGCGUGAGGCAAGUGGCGAAAAGGAUACGUCCGUCGAGUUUGCCGUAGAAGUGAAGCAGGAUGAUGCAAAGGACGAUAAUGCCGAGAAUGACGUCAAGGACAACGAUGCUGAGCAGCAGGAAGCAAAUGAAGAAGCUGUGCAUUUAAAAGCAGAGACUGAUCUUGUGCGACUUGAAAAGGAGCAGAAGGCCGCCGAAAAGCGCCGUGAACGUAAAGCGAUGCGUAAGAACAAGAAGAAGGAGACUGUAGAGAAUAUUGUGAGCAGUGCGCGCUCGAAAAAGGAGAAGGAGGAAGAGGAGGAAAACCAGCGUAGUCGAGGUAAGAAGAGCGGCAAGAAACGAAGAUAG